UGUAUUAUUCAUAUCUAGAUAUUAGAAUGUGUAUGAUUUGUUUGAAGCAAUGUUAUGGAUAGAAAUCCCGACGGAAGUGAGCUAACUACUUAACCUACUAGCUAGCUAGCAAGGCAAGCUAAUUACCAUUAGCUUAGCAGAGAGCAGUGGUUUGUUCUGUGUCUGCGCGGAAAUGAUCGAUUGCUCUUCUGACAUGUUUGUUUUUAGCUACACCACCUGAAACUUUAAGCUAACGUCACAGUGUUAAUAGUAAUGUCAAUGCGAUGAGAAAAAUGCAAGUUCAUAGAGCUAGCAUUGCAACAUUGUCAGCUUAUCGCAGUGUUAGCGUCUGCAUGUAAGAUUUACAUUGAUUUCAUGCCAACUUUGAUCAGAUCUAGGGCGACUAGGGCUGGGUUAGUGAAUGUUACAACACAUUCCUGUGGGAUGAGAUUGGACAACUCAUUGAAUCAACUUCCAGUCAGCUAACAAAUGUCCUUUCUGAUGUUAUUGAUUGACCUGUGACUGUGUGUGGGCUGAUUGGGAGCUGGUAAGUGUAGGUUCACAAUGGCAGAUGGAGGCAGUGAUGAUGAUGUCAUUCACCUUGCAAGCUUCAACGUUCACCGUAGCCAAGGUUCCCGUUCCUGUAAGAGGGAGCUCAUCACCAUUUCUGAUGACUCAGAUGAGGAGCCUCCGACUCUGGUACCUGGCAGCCCUGUGUUAGUUCCGGACGACGCAGAUGAUGACGACGUCAGCAUAUUGGAGCCACUAACUCCUGCACGCAGACAUGUGAUUCGCCCAGCAGCAAAGUGGAGUGGGGCCUCGCAUAACCUAAUUCAAGUUAUAGGUCACAGUAGCGCAACUUCUGGGGUUCCCACGGGGAACCCUGGUUCUGCCCCCUCUACCUCCAGAGAUGCCAAGGCCAGCUCCUCCGCAGUAAGGCCAGCCAUACAGACCACCACACCAGUACAGUCGAGCACGUCUGGACACACACAGCCACAAGCUGGCCCUUCAUCACACACACUGUCUCAGCCAAAACUUAACACAAACUCACAGAAACAGGACGGUACGUCAGCACAUACAAAAGUGGACCUCCAUGCAGUGUCUAACCAAACCCCAUCUACCUCCACAAACGCCAACACAUCCAGAGCACCUAUACCAGUACUUUAUCAGCCUCAGCCCAGCACAUCUGGACUCAUACAGCCACAAGCUGGCUCUUCAGUACAGGCAACGCUGGAGCCCACGGCGGGUACCUCUACCAGUGCCACACGGUCUUCUUGUGCGGUUGCAUCAAGUUCUUCCGCAAACACUCAAGAAAAGGCUAGUACAAGUACUCAUUCACAAAAUCCUCAGGCCAGUACUUCAUCUACCCAGUCACAGUCUAACACACGGACGCUGUCUCAGCCCGGUACAUCUACUCAGCUCCAGACCAGUGAGACCACAACGCUACAGCCCCACGCCAUCCAGGUGAAAGAGGUUAUUCCCUCCGCUCUAAAAAUCCAACCCCAGCCGCAGCUCAGGCCCCAGAACGUGCUGCGACCUGUGACAUUCAAUCGCAUGCAGGGUAAUCUCAUUCAGAUCGAACCGCAGCCCCUGGCCCAGGCCCCUGCACAGCCCCCUGCCCAGGCCCCUGCCCAGCCCCAGCCCCAAGCCCCUGCCCAGCCACCAGCCCAGGCCCCUCAACCCCCUCAGGUGAUACAGGUGAUCCCCGCUGCAGUGCUAAUAGCUGCAGCCCCAGAGAGACUAGGACCUCCAGAGGCAGGUCACCGGAUCAUCCUGGGGAGCCAAGCGCCUGGAGCGUGUGUUCCCAAUCCUCCGCCACAGGCCGGUGCCUCUGGUGUGGUCCUGCCAGUCCGCAGCCUCCACAUCAGGGUGCCCAACGUGAACGCUAACCCCCCUGCGCCUCCAGCUCCCGCAGCUUCAGUCCCACACAACGGGGGAGAGGCUCGUCUCGUUAGGGCUCCAGCUCCAAACCAAGAAAGGGUCAAUCCAGUCCCUGGUCUGGUCGCCGUCCCUCCUGCUCCAGAGGAUGUUCCCAGAAUAGAGGAUGCAAGGCCUGGUCCCUCUGCACCCCGUGCCAGAGCAGAGCAGCAGCCCCUCGUUCGAGCCCUUAUCACUGGUGUUUUGGAUCUAUUCCCAGAUGUCCAAGAAGCCUAUGUAGCAGAACUGAUCCAAAAGAAUAAUGUGAAAGACUUGAAUGUUAUCUGUAACCUGCUGCUGGAGAACCCAGAGUAUCCAAGGGGGGAUACCACAGCAGCAGCUGCAGCAGCUCCCACCAGCAUCCUACUGGAGUCUGGAGAGACCCAGACAGAGGUGACCGAGGACCUGUUUGACUAUGCCAAACUGGGCACGGUGGGACCUGAGGCUGUGAUGCAGGCUGCUGACUUGCUCAUGGCAGAUUUCAGGAUGCUCAGCUGUCAGGACAUCAAAUGGGCCCUCAAUGCUCUGAAGGGACACUAUGCAAUCACACGCAAGGCCUUAUGUGAAGCUCUGAAGAAGUGGCAGGAUUCAGGCGACCCCUCAGGAAAGAGACGACGAAGCAGAGCCUCCUCCGUGCGCUGCUACGUCGAUUUCCAUUUUGAGCAUGCAGGUUCAGUGAAGUUUGAUAAGAGGAUGUAUUUCUUAGAGAACGACCGGCGCUACUGCAGAACGUACAACAGUCUGGAAGCUUCUGUGCAGAAGGAGCUUUCAUUCUAUCAGCAAAAGGCCAAGGAAUGGGCAGAGCAUGAGGACUUCCUGCUGGCUCUGCAGGUCAAUGAGGAUGAAUACAAGAUGGACGGCCAGCUGAUCGAGUGUGGCUGCUGCUACGGAGAGUUUGCGUUUGAGAAGAUGACGCAGUGUUCAGACGGCCACCUGUUCUGUAAAGAGUGCCUGGUCAAAUACGCUCAGGAGGCAGUGUUUGGCUCCGGGAAGUCGGAGCUGAGCUGCAUGGAGGGGGGCUGCCCGUGCUCCUACCCAGUAUGUGAGCUGGAGAAGGUCCUUCCAGAGAACAUACUGUGUAAAUACUACGAGAGGCAGGCGGAGGAGGCGGUCGCUGCCACCUGUGCCGAUGAACUUGUGCGGUGUCCGUUUUGCAACUUCCCAGCCUUGUUGGACAAAGACAUGUCUCUGUUUAGCUGCCCCAACCCUCGGUGCCGCAAGGAGAGCUGUAGAAAGUGCCAUGUCCAGUGGAAGCAGCAUGUGGGGAAGACGUGUGAGCAGGUCCUGGAGAGGGACGAGAUCCGCAUGAGGGUGCUCUUUGAGGAGCGUAUGACGGCAGCUCGGGUGAGGAAAUGCGUCAAAUGCGGCACCGGCCUGGUCAAGUCGGAGGGCUGCAACCGGAUGUCGUGCCGCUGCGGCAGCUUCAUGUGCUACCUCUGCCGAGAGCCCAUCACCGGCUACAACCACUUCUGCCAGCACGCCCGCUCUCCUGGAGCCCCCUGCCGACACUGCCGCAAGUGCUCCCUCUGGCUAAGCUGA